UCUCUCCAGAUGGAAGCUGGCUUGUGAGCAGCAUAAUUAGCCAUGGGCUGCACACCAUCCAAAUCCAACCUCACCUACACGCAUGUGCGCCUGAGUCGAGAUCUGGACACCUGUUCCACAUUUGUGCCCAGUUUAAAGUGCUCCGUCUCCACACCAGAGAGGCCUUCACCUCAGCUCUGCCUUGAGACAGCCAGCGGGAAGCAAACAUUUCUCAGUGUUCCCAGUCACGACUAUCACGGGCGCUCCGUGAGUCAGCCCUGCAGCCCGGACGAGUGUAGCAGAGUCAGCACCGUCAGCCCGAGCCCGUUCGGUCCUGAUCGACCCUGCGUUCAGCCGAGCAGCACUGACAGCGACUCCGAGGACGACAGCGCGGCACCCGGCACUAAACGAUGACAGUAAUGUUCGUUGUUUUUAUAGCCCUCCACCUUGCUGAAAGGAAGAGAUGUGUUUUACUCAGAAUAAACGGCAAACUAUAGUUAUAUUAAUUUGUAUAUCCAAAUAUUAAUGCCCAAAUAACAUUUUUCUGUUUAACUUGUAAAAAAUGUUUAAACAAAAUGCAACGAAACAUACUUCUUGACAUGACAAGAGAAUAAAGACUAACGUGAAAGCCUCGCGGUAUUUGGGUGAAUUCCCGCGAGAGUUUGCGGAUUUUGGAGAGCAAACAGGGCGAAAUGGAGAUAUGAGGUCUGAAAAGGAGCAGAAGAUAGCAAGCAGGGAGAGAGGCAGCGUCGAGAUCCAGUUCAGGGACUGUCAGAGGGAGCAGGACAACGUCGCGGUGAACCCAAAGCACAAGGAGGAGAAAAAGGAGACAUUCACCAAGGUUGUCAUACGCCGACUGCCACCCAGUUUAUCAAAAGACCAGCUCGAGGAGCAUCUGAGCCCUCUUCCAUCUUUUGACUAUUUUGAGUUCUUCUCCGCUGAUCAGAGCUUAUACCCACACCUCUUCUCAAGAGCAUACAUCAACUUCAAAAACCCAGAGGAUAUCAUUAUUUUCAGAGAUCGUUUUGAUGGCUAUGUAUUCAUUGAUAAUAAAGGCCAAGAGUAUCCAGCUGUUGUAGAAUUUGCUCCAUUUCAGAAAGUUUCCAAGAAAAAGUUAAAAAAGAAAGAUGCUAAAGCAGGAACUAUUGAAGAAGACCCAGAAUACAGGCGAUUUCUGGAAAAUUACUCUUGUGAUGAGGAGAAAUCAAUGGCCAUUCCAGAAACACUAUUGGGAGAGAUUGAAGCUAAAACCCGAGAACUCAUAGCCAAAAGGACCACACCGUUGCUGGAAUACAUCAAAAACAAGAAAUUGGACAAACAGAGAAUACGAGAGGAAAAAAGAGAGGAGAGGCGAAGGAGGGAACUGGAAAAGAAGCGACAGAGGGAAGAGGAGAAGCGGAAGCGCAGAGAAGAGGAGAGACGAAAGAGGAAGGAGGCUGAAAAGCAGAAGAAGCUUUCUGAAAAGGAGAUAAAGAUAAAGCUUCUGAAGAAGUGUGAUCAAGAAGAUGACAUGGACUCUGACAGACUGAAAGAUAAAGCAGACAUUGGCGAGAACAGAUGGGAAAAGCCGGCAGGACACACUAAGUCAAAGGAUUCCAAGGAUAAUAGGAGUCAAAUCGAGAGUGACAAGGAGCAGAGGGAAGGUCACGGUCGUCGGCAAAGAGACAAAGAGCAUCGCGGCAGAGACGAGGAGCGCAAACGACAGAGGCAUCACUACGAGUUUGACAAGUUUAUGCGACGCAAGGAGGAGACCAAAUGGGGUAAAGGCUACUGUCAGGACAGAGCCAAGAAAGACCAACAUCAUGGCUAUUCUUUCUGCCAAGAGACUGGAGACAAAUUCGGAAAAGAGGAUCGAGAAGACAUGGGCAGCAGGAAAGAACGGAUUCGCAAUAAGUCUGUGUUAGUGCAUCAGGAGAAAAGGACUUCCCAGUCUGAGGUUCCAGACCAGAUAGGAGGGGCUCUGCCAGCAAAGGACCGACCGGCAAUGCAGCUGUACCAACCUGGUGCUAGAAACCGCAAGAGAAUUGGCUCUGGAAACAAGAUGUUUGACUUCCCACCAAUCUCUCCCGAACACGGAGGAGAACACUGCUACAAGACAGUCAUUGGUACAGGCUCAGAGAAGAGUGUCGAUGAGUGAAAAAAAGAUCACGACAGGAAGAAGUCUACUUUUAGAAGCAAGGGUCAUGACACAAUAGAAAGAACACUCGAGAGCAACCUUGUUUUCUGUCAUCUUAGUCAAUGUGUGAGUAUAGUGCAUUGAAUUCUCUACUUAACAUUUUAUACACAAAGUCAACAGUGUCAUAAAUGUAAUGCUUCAUUGAGAAAAAUACCUCAGAUCAGAUUUGUAUGCCUUUUGUAGUAUAUACUGUAGAUAUAUAUAGAUUUUACUUUAUAUAAAAAUGCUACAUUGUAUUAAUGAAACAUUUAAGCAUGUAAUGCUUAAUUGAACACUUUCACACUGUAAUGCCUUUGAAUGAUGCUUCUAUUGUCCCUGAUGUAUAGACAUUGUGGCUUUUCUGUAGAAACAAAUACAUCUCACAACAGGAUCUAGUAACUUUCAGAGAAUCGUUUUUCAUGCGGGCCAAAAAGAACAAAAUUGUUUGUUAAAAUCGUCUUCUGUUUGGUCAGAUAACACGUUUUGUGAUAUUUUUAACCAAUGUGCAUGUUUUUGAGAAAUUGCAGUCAUUCAGUGGUGGGAGGCUACAUGUGGUCACAUGCCUUACCUUUGCAACUGAUUUUCACUUAAAGAUCCCGUCUGUUAUUAAAUAACCCUACAAAAAUACAGGUUUUUAGAAUUAUUGUUGAGUCCAAAAAAUAAAGAAAUUAAAAAUGUGAUGCUGUUUUUGAUGGAUUGACCAUUUGUGUACAGUAAAGAUGAUUAUAUAAAGUA